UUAUCAUUCAACCGAGAGAAUAAUAUUUCAAUUAUUAUUGAAGCAUUUGUGAACUUGUAAUUAUUGAAAAUGGAUACGCUGAUACACAGAAAGGCGUUUGUUAUUUGUGUUGCUGUUGCAGAAAUCUUGUUUGCUGUUGGCGACGCCGGUUGCCAUCGGCCGAAAGUAGAAAAGCACAUUGAAUCCGGAAAUCUCGCAGAGUGGAGUAUAUUUUCUAGUGGCGAAGAAUGUACGUGGGUCAUUUAUCCUCCAGAACGUUACAAACAAAGAAAGCGAUUAAAGUUGGAAAUCUAUGUGCAUUAUUUCAAUAUGACAACAAAUAAAAAGCGAAUUUGUAGAAAAGAGUUUACACAAAAUAGAGAUCAAAGACUUUGCUUGUUAGAAGAAAAACGUUAUAGCUACUACUUACCAGGAUGCAAGAAGAAAUGCGAAAAGUUAUUCUGUAAAAAUUUGAAUCAGUUUCCACUGGAAUAUCAUUUCACUGCUUCAAGACGAUCUGAAGAGACUAUCGGAUUCUCUUUGGAUUUCAAGUUUUUACCAUGUAUACAGGAAAUACAUGCAGCAGAGUCUCAAUCGACGGUAUUUCCGAAUGGGACCACUGUCCAUCCAAACAUUCAAGACAGAUCUGAUGCAAAGCUAGAAAUAAUCCUUCCGGUUAUAUUUGGAUUUCUAUUCGUUGUUGGCGUUUCGGUAAUUGCAAUUUUUAUAAUACGCAAAAGGCGAAUGGCGUGUAAGCCAACAACAACCAGCACGGGAGAUGAUAAUCCCGUUUAUCAAGCUCCCACAUAUGAAGCAGUUGAUAAUGGAGAUCUCAGUAGCUUCAACAACCAUUCAUAUGAAGCGGUCCUCCAGCCAUCGCCCAAUUUGAAGAAAUUAAAGUCACCUCAGCCAACAUAUAUUGACAUCGGAGAUUGCGUCUCGGUUUCACAAAUAGGCGAUGAACCUAACAACUAUGAACAAAUUGAUUUCCAUGAUCAUUUAAAAAAUCCACAGGACAACAAAAAGGUUGAGUGCUCACAAAACAGCUGCGCAAUCGAAGAUUGCCUCACCACAGAGGAAAUUGAAUUGAACAGAUCAACUAAUGGUCUCGAAAUAAUACCAAGUUCUGCUUCUAACAACGAUGCAGAUUGCAAUAAUACUGAAAAUAUUGACGAUGCAUUGUAUGAUCAGGUACACGAAUGAAGGAAAUGAAAUAUGUUCUACUAUGCCAAAUACGUUUUCUUGCAUUGUGGUCUAUGUUCCGUUAUGUCAAGUUCCAAAUUAGAAUGCGAAAAAGGCACGUUACUAUUCAGUCGACAUUAUGCAGCACCGAUACUUAAUAUUAGAUUGUAACAAUGUUACUGGUAACCGUACCUACUGCUUUUCAGAAUGCAGGUAUUGGGUUGACAAAUAAAUGUUUUGGUUCAUCAAUAGAGCCGUAAAUUUGUUUGAAUAUCCUUUAAGAUCGGUUUUGUACCGGUAUCGUACUUACCUUAAUAACGAAGAACAUGUUGAUACCGUACCGGCAACCAAACUACCAGUACCUGCACGAUUUGGAGUA